AUGUCGGAAACCAGUUUCGAGAAUGACAGAAGACAAUCCAACAGCAUGAACGUAGAAUAUCACCAACAUCACACCGCUAUUGAACAUCCACGCGACCACAGCAACCUUGGGAGAAUACUGCAGCCAGCGCUGGAGUCCUUUUCGGGAUUGUCUACCAUAUCCCGAGACACAUUACAGAAAAACUUACAACCCAUCAUGAAUGCCUUGGAACGGCUGGACGCCCAGCUGCUGCUCGAUUUGAAGUCAGUCAAAGUGGGUGAAGGGCCCAGGCUAAACGACAGUCAAUCCUGUGCUGCCAUUUACGAUGACAUUCAACCGCCAAUGAAUCAUCACAGUGUUGUCAACACCAGUUCGUGUGUUCGAUAUGUACACAUUUCUGAAAUCCCAGACCAAUAUUCCAUUGGGAUUUUUGUGUUUGCGCCGUAUGGGAGGAUACCCUUGCAUGAUCACCCGGACAUGUGCGUUUUGUCGAGGGUAUUGUAUGGUGAUUUGGAACGCCGCUCGUUGGACCUUGCGAGACUGGAUGAGGAUGUAAUGGACCACUCGAAAUCAGGACGUAGGAAUUGGAUGAGUAACUUUUUUGGAAGAGAGAAUAAUACCACGCAGCAGGCGCUGCCCAAGGGUACCAAGCGAGCUUUCAAGAAUCACGUUGAUCAUUUGAAGGCUCCGCAAGUUACAGCGUUGUUCCCAUACGAGGGUAAUUUGCAUGAGUUUGUUGCAGGUCCCAAUGGUGCAGCAGUAUUGGAUGUGCUUUUACCACCCUACGAUAACACUCAGAACAGAGACUGUACCUUUUAUGAAAUUCGAGAAACGGAUCCAGGGAGGAAACCAUCUGGAAAAGAGCCAUGCUACGUUGUUCCCACCGGCCAACCCGAAGAUUUCCACUGUAUUUCUGGUCGUUAUGGUGACCUUGGAGAAGACGAUCAUCAAGAUAUGGACUUCUCGGUAUAG